AGCAGCAGCAUGCAACAGCAACAACAACAAUGACGGGCGACCAGAAGCUGCCACUGAAGCAGGCCGAGGUGUCGGUGCAGCGUUUCCAAGACACAGCCGUGCCCCACCACCUCGGACUGCUGCAGAAUCAUCGCAGCAACAUCGAGAAGAGCCUGGCGCUGGGCGACUGGCAGAAGAUCAAGCGCGAGGAGCUCAAUGCCAUGCGAGUCAUUAAACAAAUCAAAAAUCUGCUACUCGAAAUGGAUGCGCUGCGGGAGAAGGUGCGCGAGGAGGACCUGGAACGCUUUGACGAGCUGAUGCGUCCGGGCAAGGAGAAGGCCUUUGCGGGCAUGAAGUACUUUGCGGAACUACAACUCAAAUCUCCCACCUCAACGCUGGGCUCGCAGUACGACGAGCAGCAGGACAAUCAGCUGCAGCAGGCGGACAUUGGCAAUUUACAGGCCCACCAGCACAUGCCACAGCUGCAGGUCAACUUCCAGCUGGAGGAGCAUCAACUGUCGCAGCGGCAGGCCUGCCUCGAUCAAAUGGAGAAUCUGCAGCGAGAAAUCUCCGAUCUGCACGGCAUGUUCCACGGCAUGCGGCAGCUAACUGCAGUGCAGUCUGUCGCAGUCCAGAACAUAGCCGACAACGCGGAGGAGGCGCUGGAGAAUGUGCAGGCGGGCGAGCGUUCGCUGCGCUCUGCGCUGACCUACAAGAAGGCCAUGUACCCCGUGAUGGGCGCGCUCCUAGGCACCUGUGUGGGCGGACCCAUUGGCAUGGUGGCGGGCCUCAAGGCGGGCGGCCUCGCUGCCGUUGGCUGCGGCAUACUCGGCUUCACGGGCGGCUCUGUGCUGAAGGCAAAUCCGAAUGUGAUGCACGGCAACAUUGAGGAGCAGCAGCCAGAAACAACGGCGACAGAUGACGAGGCUGCAGAGAGAUUGGAACUAAAGGAGAAGCCCGAAUGACCUAGGACCAUGUCCACGGCUGUGGCCACCACGCACAUGUGGUCUGCCAAUACACGGCGCCUGGAGUCAGCCACCAGCGGUGUCAUGAGCAGCGUGCGCAGCUACUGUACGCUGCAGUGACUCCUGAAUGAUCCUCCUUUUAUUAGUUGAAUUUCCAUUUUUUGUGAUCGCUUUUUGUGCAAUGUGUGACGGCAGCUGUCCCUUCCCUCACCCUCCAUGUCCUAGGUUUAAGCGUUGUUUGUUCAUCCGUAAUGUUAGUCGAUGUGUCUC